UGUGGCCUCCGCGGGUGAGGGUGGCUGCCCGUAGUGCAGCUGCGGACGCGGCCUGCCUCCGACCUCUCCCGGUCUUCUCCCACCACCCGCAUGGUUCGGGCUGCUCACUGAGCGGCGGCGGGGCGUGACGGACGCGCCGCCCAGACGGCUCCGGGUCGCAGCUUGCAGUCACCGGCACUUCCUCCUGCGGCGCCCGUGCGCGGGCGGCUGGGCGGGCGGGAUGGCGGCCCGGGGUAGCGGCCGCGCAUCGGCGCCCCGGCUGCUUCUGCUCCUGCUGGUUCUUUUGCUGGGGUCCGCGGUCGGGGUCCGGGCCGGGCCGGAGGAAGACCUUAGCCACCGGAACAAGGAACCGCCGGCCGCUGCCCAGCAGCUGCAGCCGCAGCCCGCUGGCGUUCAGGGGCCCGAGCCGGCCCGGGCCGAGAAAGGAUUUACACCAGCAGCCCCAGUUCACACAAAUAAAGAAGACCCAGCUACCCAAACCAAUCUGGGAUUUAUUCAUGCAUUUGUCGCUGCCAUAUCAGUCAUCAUUGUGUCUGAAUUGGGUGAUAAGACAUUUUUCAUAGCAGCCAUCAUGGCGAUGCGCUAUAACCGAUUGACGGUGCUGGCUGGGGCUAUGCUUGCCUUGGCCCUGAUGACCUGCUUGUCAGUUCUGUUUGGCUAUGCCACCACCGUCAUCCCCAGGGUGUACACAUACUAUGUCUCAACUGCAUUAUUUGCCAUUUUUGGCAUUAGAAUGCUUCGGGAAGGCUUGAAGAUGAGCCCAGAUGAGGGUCAAGAGGAACUGGAAGAAGUUCAAGCAGAAUUAAAGAAGAAGGAUGAAGAAUUUCAACGAACCAAACUCUUAAAUGGACCAGGAGAUGUUGAAACGGGUACAAGCACAACAAUACCUCAGAAAAAGUGGCUGCAUUUUAUUUCACCCAUUUUUGUUCAAGCUCUUACACUAACAUUCUUAGCAGAAUGGGGAGAUCGCUCUCAACUCACUACGAUUGUUCUGGCAGCUAGAGAGGAUCCCUAUGGUGUAGCAGUGGGUGGAACAGUGGGACACUGCUUAUGCACUGGAUUGGCAGUAAUCGGAGGAAGAAUGAUAGCACAAAAAAUCUCUGUCAGAACUGUGACGAUCAUAGGAGGUGUCGUGUUUUUGGCGUUUGCAUUUUCUGCACUAUUUAUAAGUCCUGAUUCUGGUUUUUAACACACUAUUUGUUCAUCUGUAUUUAGUCUAAGAUAGGUAACUACUGUCAUUCUGUACAUAGUGUACAUUACAACUAAAAGCAAUGGAAAAUACUGUAUUUUGUAGCAUUGAUUUUUGAGUUUGACCCAUUUAAUGAAAGUAUUAUGUCCAAAAAAGAUAAUCACUGAUUUGUAAAAUGGAUUUUUAAAAGAAA